GCAAACAGACCCUAUAACAUGAUCCUAUAGAGGGUGUGGUGUCGGCAUUACCCACUUUGAAUUGAUUUGGACCCCGAGCAAAACUAAAUUUGCUACUAAUAGAUCAAUGGGGAUAAUAUCAGAAGUGAUGGAAUAAAAAUGCGUUUGGUACCAAAUCAUUUUUGCUCGACAAUUCUUCUAUAAAUUAAUUUCUAUCUUCCGAGUUACAUAAUGACUUCCUGCUUGAAGCUUUCCAAUAAAUCAGCUAUUUUGCAUUUUAAAUAAUCGCACAAAAACCGUUUUACAUUUUAAAUACUUCCUCAAUGCAUUUUGCAUUUUUUGAAUAACAGAAUUAUCUUUUACCGCUGGAACGGGACGAAUGCGGGAAGUAAGUUGUUGUGUGAGAUAUAUAAAUUCCCAAAAAGUUGUGUAAAAGUCUGCAAAUUCCCACAAAGGUUCCGCACAUGUAAAUUUACAGUAAACCGUUCCUCGUAUGUAGUUAUCUAAUGUAUUUUGUUUAAAUAAUAUACUUCUAACUAACAACACGCAUCUUAUUUUCUCUGCGCUACCAAGAGUCCCUUCUGGGCUUUUGUGUAUUUCCGAACUAACACCCUGUAUAGUAAAAUUUGAACUUUAAGCGGUAAUAAUUUCGAAAGUAAGUCCUGGACGCAAUGGCGUCGUCUAUGAACAAUUGCGUGGACUAAGAGGACAGCUCGUUACAUUACCGACCGAAACGAACGAAUCAGUUGUCAUGUUCAACAAAUCGCAAACGUAGUGGUCUUAAUUUAUGAAAAAAUCCACUUAAAUGUGUAACAAAUCGAUCGUAUUUAUGUUGAAAAGAACGUUAACCGGUUUGUUUUCGUACGUGCUUUAAGUUUCAACAGUCACAAGCGAGCAGUGGUGAUUUCAGGUCGUGGAAAUGACCGAACAGGAAGGGCCGAAAAGUCCGGAUGGCGGCGGGAAGCAGAGGGUGGUCCUGUCCGAGACCGAGCUGAGCGGUCUCGCACAAAACGAAUUGGUCGACCGUUGGAAACGUCAAGAUAUUUACGUGAGCGGUCUCGAGGAGAAGUUGGGCCAACAGGAAGGCGAUAUUGCAGAUCUACGUCAGACGCUCGAGAAGGCCCAACUGCAGCUGUCCGAAUCUCAGCAACGCGAAAAGGUGCUGGUGCGGCGGCUCGCCGCCAAAGAACAGGAGUCGCAGGACUUAGUGUGUCAGGUAAACGAACUAAAAAGUGCUCAAAUUCCGACAUCGUCCUCGUUGCGAUCGACGCUCUUAGAUCCGGCCGUUAACAGUUUCCUACAGUUGUUACGUAACGAACUCCAGACGACGCGCCUACGGCUCGAGGACACGCAAAACGAACUGUCCGCGUGGAAGUUUACGCCCGACUCGAAUACGGGCAAGAGGCUGAUGGCGAAGUGUCGCCUGCUCUAUCAGGAGAACGAGGAGCUCGGAAAGAUGACGAGCUCGGGUCGCAUCGCCCUGCUCGAGGGCGAGCUCGAGCUGCAGAAGAAGUUCUCGGAGGAGGUCAGGCAGUCGCAGCAGGAGUUGGACUCGUAUCUGACGGACUUAGACGAAGAUGUCGAGGGUAUGCAAAGUACGAUACUGUUUUUGCAGCAGGAGUUGCGCAAGGCGAAGGACACAGCGGCCGCGUUACAGAAGGAGAAUAGUACACUUAAAUUACAGAAUGGUAGGGCGAAUGGUGACAGUGUUUGUGAACAAGAACGGACGGACUCGGAAUCUGAAUGCGAAAGGACUCGUGUUAAGCGAGUGCGAAGGUCCUCUGUUCUUAGUAUUGACUAUAAUGAAGAUGACACUCUUGUUAUUAAUUCAAAUGGUGACGUUGCCAUGUCGUCAGAUGUAGAUUAGAAUGAUUUUAAUUUAAUUCGUUUUUUUAAUUUUUAAUGUGGCCAUUUUUUUUACUAAAAAAAACCACCGUAAUUUCUUACUAUUUUGUGAUUCUAAAUGUAAGUAUAAAUAUACUGACAAUUAAAUUAUGUACAUAUUUUC